UUAUUUCUCAUCUUCAUCAUCAUCUUCAUCCUUUUGGACAUCAUCUUCAUCAUCAUCAACAUCAAUAUUAUCAACAGUUAAAAAAAUCAUCAAAUACUAAUCAGUUGUUUCAAAUAUUCAAUGAUCACCCUGAAAAUAAAACAGUUACAUUAAUUUAAUUGUCUCAUCACCUUUGUAAUAUAAAUUAUAUAAAUAAGUUUGUACGCAAUCAGAUUAAUAAUUAACGUUAAUUUUUUUACGAUUUAAUCAAUAAUCAAUAGUCAUUUCUAUUAAUUGUUAUUGAAUUUUAAUUUUCUGUCAAUUAAUCAAAUUGCUGUUUAUUUGGAAAAACAAAAUACGUGAUAAGUUAUCAACUGUUGGUUAAUUUGUUAUUACCUAAAUUAGUGAUCAACUGAUACAAUCAACUAAUCACAACUCGAUUAAGUGAACAAUUUCAUCAACACAGUGAAUCAAAAAUCAAAUCAAAUGAAGGCAAUCUGGUUAAUCCAUUUGAUUAUCACUACGAUCUCAUUGAAUCUCCAUGUAAUCGGUGCAACAACAGGUCAUUCAAAUGAGGCAUCAUCGAAAUCACCACAACCAAUAUCGAAAUCUUUAUCCCCAGAGGCGAAAAUAAGUUCCGAUAAAUCAUCCCCAUCUUCUUCAUCAUCAUGGCUUGACACUGGUCUCUAUCAGAAUCCAUUGAAACCCAAACUGUUCCAGUUACCAUACGAAAAAAUCACCAAUCCAUUGACCUCAUUUAUCUCUUGGAUUACACAGAACGAACGAAAUGAACGAACAUAUGACCAACUUUACUUAAGCGGUAAAUCAACAGGUCAAAGGUCCCCCGUAGUUAUGGGGUCACCAGUAAAAUCAAAUAAAGAAAAAGAAAUCACGAAAACAACAACAACUAGUUCAUCAUCAUUAUCUUCACCAUCUUCUAGUUCAAUCAUGUCGUCUUCAAGUAAUUUAAAUCCAUUGGCGGUUAAGGCUUCAUCAUCACUGGUCGAUUCGUCAUCAUCAUCAUCAUCAUCUUUGUCUUCAUCUUCUGCUUCAAGAUCUUCUUUAUCUUCUUUAUCCUCUUUGUCUUCAGUAAUGUUUCCCUCUUUUAAAUCUUGGCCUGUUAAUCACCGGCGACAAGAUUUACUUUCAUCUUUCUCCUUUGGUCGAUCAUCUUUGUUACCAUCAGCAUCGAUCUCGUCAUCAAUCAGGUCAAAUAAUAUGUUCAAAUCUAAAGAUUUAUCACCAUCGCCACAGUUUUCGGUCACUUUUCCUCGGUCAACACCACCCAAUAAACGCCAAUUAUCACCAGAAACACUUGGGAUUAUCCAAUAUAAUCCUAAUCCAAAGGUUUUCUUUAUACCAAAAUAUUACACUUCACCUUAUUCAGUUUCUGUACCUUUUAUCACUCAUGCUGAUAAAUUGUUAUUGGCAUCAAAUCACCGAGGCAGCAGAAUCAAUGGUGGCGGUGGUGGUUCCAGAGGAGAUGAUGUCGAUAUUGAUCAGGAUAAUUAUGGUGAAGAAAGUGUAGAUCGUGAUUAUGACAGAGAUGAACAUAGAAAUGAGUCAAUUGACAACAAUAGUAUGACACCAAAUGAAGAUAAUUAUCAUCACAAUUCAAAUAGAAAUGGAGAUAAAAAUGAUCGAUUCCGUCGUAACCAUCAGAGACGCCGAAAUCGUAACAAAAUCGGAAAUCAUCCAAUAAACAUGGUAAUUCAUUCAAGCCAAAUGGCUUCAUGAAAUCAGGAUAUUCAGUUAAUCAGAUUACAUCCAAUGGUGAGAAUGGGUUAACAUUGAAAUCACCAAUGUUGUUACCAAGGGUCAAGACAAACAUCAAUAACAAUCAACAAUCAAAAAGAUAUCGAUCAAGAAAUAAACCU